AAGAUCUCUAAUUUUCCUCCUUCAACGCAGACCUCCAACAAACCCACCCGUCGCCGCUCAAUUGCUGCAUUCCACGCCCAAGAUGACUGCUUCGAAGGCCGUAGCCGAGAACAUGCUGUGGGGUGGCCGCUUCACCCAGGGCCUUGACCCUCUGAUGGUCCAGUAUAAUGAAUCUCUUCCGUACGACCGUAUAUUUUGGAAACAGGACAUCGCCGGCUCCAUCGCAUUCGCCCGCGCGAACACCAAAACCGGCAUCCUGACCGCGCACGAGUUCUCCGAGAUCGAGCGCGGCUUCAAACAGAUCGCGGCGGAAUGGAGCAACGGCACGUUCCUCAUCAAGGAAAAUGACGAGGACAUUCACACGGCUAACGAGCGCCGACUGUCCGAGAUCAUUGGCAAGGAAAUCGGAGGGAAGCUGCACACGGGCCGUUCCCGGAACGAGCAGAUCGCGACAGAUAUGCGGCUCUGGCUGCGUGAUGAGCUGCGCAAGCUCGACGGGUUCCUGUGUGAUCUGAUCAAGGUCUCUGUUGCGCGGGCGGAGAAGGAGAUCGACUUCAUCAUGCCGGGUUAUACGCAUUUGCAAAAGGCUCAGCCCGUCCGGUGGGGUCAUUGGCUGCUUUCCCAUGCGACGGCCUUUGCGAGCGAGUUGCAACGACUGCGGGAGGUGACGAGGCGGGUGAAUCGGAGUCCCUUAGGAACGGGUGCAUUGGCCGGGAAUCCCUUCCAGAUUGAUCGGGAGGCCAUGGCAAAGGAGCUUGGGUUUGAAGGAUUACUGUAUAAUUCCAUGAAUGCGGUUGCAGACCGUGAUUUUGCUAUGGAAACUAUGCAGUGGGGCAGUUCCUUCAUGUUAAAGAUCUCGCGCUGGGCUGAGGAUUUGAUUAUCUAUAGCAGUUUGGAGUUUGGGUUUGUGAGGCUGUCUGAUGCGUAUUCGACCGGGUCAUCGUUGAUGCCUCAGAAGAAAAAUGCAGACAGUCUAGAACUCCUCCGUGGAAAGGCAGGUCGUGCAUUCGGCCAAAUGGCCGGCCUCAUGUGCACGAUCAAGGGCCUCCCGACAACCUACAACAAGGAUCUCCAGGAAUCUGUCGAACCCCUGAUAGACCAUAUCAAGACGGUUGGUGACAGCAUCCAGAUCGCCACCGGCGUACUGUCAACCCUCACUACCAACCCGGACAAGAUGGCAGCCGCCCUGGCUCCGGAGAUGCUCGCCACCGAAGUUGCAGACUACCUUGUCCGCAAGGGGGUCCCCUUCCGCGAGGGCCACCAUAUCUCGGGACGAGUUGUGGCGUUGGCGGAGAAGAAGGCCGUGCCGAUGGAUACGCUACAGUUGGAGGAGCUCCGGACCGUGGACGGACGAUUUGAGGAGGACAUCAAGGCCUGUUUGGAUUAUGAGCGGGCCGUCGAAUUGAAGGAUGCCGUGGGGGGAACUAGUAAGAGGGCUGUUAUUGAGCAGAUUGGAGUGUUGAAGGGGCUGCUCUAGUUGUAUCUAGAUAUCUAUCUGUCCUGUCUGUCUGGAUCGUCUGAAAUUAUAGGUGGCGUAUUAUGCAUGAACAGAGUUGUCCUCUGCUAAUCCAAAUCCACAAGCUCAACAACAGUCCAUGUAACAGUCCACCCCGUUUCACCCCCGACCUUCUCCAUAACCCUACGACUAGCAACAUUAUUCAUUGCCACCUCAACAUGUCCCCAUCCCCCAUCUUCUCUCCCUCCCGAAGAAGAGACGGGAGUACGAAAGGGUCCCUUGGCAGAUAAACCCCUCUUCAUGACCUCCUUGGACAAAUGCACCGCCAGCCCCUUCCCGCGAUGCUCGGGUUCGACAUGCAGCGUCGCGAGGGCGCCAUCGAAUCCGAUAAACGCCCAUGCAAUAGGCCAUUCCUUGUCUUGGUCUUGGUCGUCCCCUUGCUGGGUAGCGGUAGCAGUAGCAGUACCAGAGAAAUAAAUACCCAAACUAGGCAUACAUCCUAGGGACUCCGAAGAGCGAGGAAUAUGCGUCCUGCUCUGCACGAGGUCGAACUGGUACGACUGAAGACCGCGUCGGCCGUAUUUAUCUUCGAAUCUGUAUCCCGGCGGCAGCGUGUAACCCUCUUCCACGAUCGAUGUCUCCAGUAUCGCCGGCGGAAACAGAUACUUCACAUACGGCGGAUUAUCGAAUCGAUGGAUCUUCACACCAGCCCACGGGUUGGGAUCCGUAUAUGUGCCCGAGGCCGUGAGGAGGGACUGUAAUCCCGUAUGUAGACAGCCGAUCAGGAAGGCCUGUGGUGGUGGAGGGGGGAUUGUGUGGUCUUUCUUUGUGGUAUUGGCACCGUUAGCACCUGUGCUGGGACCGUCUGGAUGACACUGUGUUGCCAGGUAUUCCGGGAGUAAUUUGGCUUUGAUGUAUACCAGAAGGCCUAGGAGUUGGCCGCGGACAAGAUCGAGAACGGCAGGGUCUGUGGUUGAAAGUGUAGAGACCGCAUCUCCCUUUGCAUUCGCAUUUGCAGUUGCAUUUUCAGCUUCACUGUGCUGCUUCUCAUUGCCGGCUAAUACCGGGUUUGAGUCAGUGGGAGCAUCCCUUUGCAGACUCGAGUAGAGGAUUAUCUGCGUUUCCCUGCCGCGGAAGAGAUCGACAUAAGCGGCCAGCCAGGGUGAUCGGAGAUCAGUUACAGCUCCAGUUGCAUUCGGUGGGAAAGUCGCCAGGACUCUGGCAGUGCUGGAUGAAUAUGCCAGAGCAUGCUGGAUGCGCCGGAGCAAGGAGACCGAGUAAGGGAAAUGCGCGCGAAGAAGAGGGAUGAUGGUUUGUUCGGGGUUGGGGUGGAUGUAGAUGAGCGGGGCCAUGUUUUUAUGUUCCUGUUGUUUAUAUAUUUUUGGAGAAAAGUCAAUUCGAGACAUCCAUACUCCGUACUCCG